CCGCCGCCGCGGUCUCCUGCGCUCCUCCCCUGCUCGCCUCCGCACGCCCCCGUCCCCGGCCGGCCUCGCCUCCACGGCGGCGGCGGCUUCCGCCCCUCGUAGCUGCGCUCCCGCAGGAAACGGAAGAAGGCGCAAGCCAUGGAGGGGAACCGGGACGAGGCGGAGAAAUGUGUCGAGAUCGCCCGGGAGGCCCUGAACGCCGGCAACCGCGAGAAGGCCCAGCGCUUCCUGCAGAAGGCCGAGAAGCUCUACCCGCUGCCCUCGGCCCGCGCACUACUAGAAAUAAUUAUGAAAAAUGGAAGCACUGCGGGAAAUAGCCCUCAUUACCGAAAACCAUCAGGUAGUGGGGAUCAAAGCAAGCCUAACUGCACAAAGGACAACUCGUCUGGUAGUGGUGAAAGUGGAAAAGGCUACACCAAAGACCAAGUGGAUGGAGUUCUCAGCAUAAACAAAUGUAAAAAUUACUAUGAAGUGCUUGGAGUUACCAAAGAUGCUGGUGAUGAAGAUUUGAAAAAAGCUUAUAGAAAGCUUGCUUUGAAAUUUCAUCCAGACAAAAACCACGCACCUGGAGCAACAGAUGCUUUUAAAAAGAUUGGAAACGCUUAUGCUGUUUUAAGCAAUCCAGAAAAACGGAAACAGUAUGACCUCACAGGCAAUGAAGAUCAAGCAUGUAAUCACCAGAACAAUGGCAGAUUUAAUUUCCACAGAGGUUGUGAAGCUGAUAUAACUCCAGAAGACUUGUUUAAUAUAUUCUUUGGUGGUGGAUUUCCUUCAGGUAGUGUCCAUUCAUUUUCAAAUGGACGAGCUGGUUAUAGCCAUCAACAUCAGCAUCGACAUAGUGGACAUGAAAGAGAAGAAGAAAGAGGAGAUGGAGGUUUUUCUGUAUUUAUCCAGCUGAUGCCCAUUAUUGUAUUGAUCCUCGUGUCAUUAUUAAGCCAGCUGAUGGUCUCUAAUCCUCCGUAUUCCUUAUAUCCCAGAUCUGGAUCAGGGCAAACGAUUAAAAUGCAGACAGAAAACUUGGGUGUCGUUUAUUAUGUCAACAAAGACUUUAAAAAUGAAUAUAAAGGAAUGUUACUACAAAAAGUAGAAAAGAGUGUGGAAGAAGAUUAUGUGACUAAUAUUCGAAAUAAUUGCUGGAAAGAAAGACAACAAAAAACAGAUAUGCAGUACGCAGCAAAAGUGUACCGUGAUGAACGACUCCGAAGGAAGGCAGAUGCCUUGAGCAUGGACAACUGUAAAGAACUGGAGCGGCUGACCAGUAUUUAUAAAGGAGGGUGAACUGGAAUUUUAUUUAUACCUUUUAGAAUACUCUUUAUUUUUCCUGUAAGUAAGUUUAGUUUCAUCAUGAGAGCUAAAGAAAAAGAUUUGAUGUUGAAAACUAAACUGAAUAGUUGGUCCCUGAAAUCUUGGACUGUUUAUGACCUACUGGCUCCUUUAAAUAAUAAGAAACUGAAAACUAAAAUUCAUAUUUUAGUUAUGCUUCUGCAGUUAUUUUCACUUUAAAAGCUUAUAUGAUUCCUAACUAAAAAUGUCUUGAGAAAGGAUUAUCACACCUGUAGCAGUUUCUGGUUUUCGAUUCUCCAUUUUUUUUCCCUUGUCAUAUUUGUAAAUACUUAUAGAAUGAUCAUUUUGUAUAUAUUCAGGUUAUUGCUUUUUUAUUUAAAUUCUUUUGGUGUUUAGCUCCAUGAAACACUCAAGUUUAAAUUGAUGGAAUAAAUGUUCUAUGACAGAAUUA